CACAUGGCGGGGGGGAAGCAGCACAGAGGACCUUUCCAGGGGGUCCGCGUGAAGAACUCGGUGAAGGAGCUCCUGCUGCACUUCAGGAGCUGCAAACAGAUGUCCUCGGGCUCCGCCACGGAGGAAGGCAAGGCACAAGGAGGAUUGGUGAACUACGAGCAGUACACAGAGCUGAAGAGCAUACUAGGUCACAGUGGCAAAAGAAAGGCUCCCGAGCUCCUUUCUGAUGGACCUUCUUUCAAACGCCAAGCUAAUGUUCACCCACACCUCCUGACGCCACCCCAGACACCAACUUCUAUGGAUAACAUGGAGGAGACUCAUAAAAACGACCCAAAGCAUGACAGCAAUUCUGAUCUGCUUCAGAACAUUAUAAACAUCAAGAACGAGUCGAGCCCUGUUUCUCUGAGCACGGUGCAGGUUAGCUGGUUGCACACUGUCUCCAGUCACAGCUCGCCCGGUGAGCAGUACCAGGACAGCUCAGGAACACAGGCUUUCUCCCCGUCCCAGAAGUACCAAGCCUUCCAAGAUAACGCCUCCCAGCGUAUGCUUGAUCCACCACAGCAUUACCAGUUCCCUCCAUCCCAGAACCAGGAUUUGUCGCAGAGCUAUGCUGCGGAUGCCUCCCUGGAGUACAGGCCGUUUGCUGCCAAUGACCAGUCUCCUGGCUACCAGCAGAAUACCUUUGAGAGCCACGAACUGCAGUAUUGCCCAUCGCAGAGCUUCUCCUCCCUCUUGAAUGACUCUGAAGGCUCAGAGGGCAUCUCUGCUCCCCUCCAGCCGCUGGCCAGUGCCCACCCACAGCCUGAUGUCGGCCCCCAUGCUCCGAACUUCAACUUGCUUUCCAAUAACAUCUGUGGUAGUCUGGAGCGGAGUGUCUCUUUGGCUACUUUGAAUGUCUCUCUACCUGACCAAAACAUCGCCAGAAGCACGACGCAGCUGGGCAAGUCGUUUUUUCAAUGGCAAGUGGAGCAGGAGGAAAACAAACUGGCUAACAUCUCUCAAGACCAGUUCCUUGCAAAAGACUCAGAUGGCGACACCUUCCUUCACAUUGCGGUUGCCCAGGGCCGACGAGCUCUCUCCUAUGUUCUUGCAAGGAAGAUGGCUGCCCUGCACAUGCUGGAUAUUAAAGAGCACAACGGCCAGAGUGCUUUCCAGGUUGCUGUGGCUGCCAAUCAGCAUCUCAUUGUGCAGGACUUGGUUAGCUUGGGGGCUCAAGUCAACACCACAGACUGCUGGGGUAGAACGCCGUUGCAUGUUUGCGCUGAGAAGGGGCAUGCCCAGGUCCUUCAGGCAAUCCAAAAGGGAGCCAUGGGAAGCAAUCAGUAUGUGGACCUUGAGGCAACAAACUAUGAUGGUUUGACAGCAUUGCACUGUGCUGUUCUGGCCCAUAAUGCUGUGCUGCACGAACUGCAAAACAGUCAGCCGCCUCACUCCCCUGAGGUCCAGGAGCUUCUGCUGAGAAACAAGAGCUUGGUAGAAACCAUCAAGACUCUAAUACAAAUGGGAGCCUCUGUUGAAGCAAAAGAUCGUAAAAGUGGUCGCUCAGCUUUACAUUUGGCAGCAGAAGAAGCGAACCUGGAGCUCAUUCGUCUCUUUUUGGAGCUGCCCAACUGCCUCUCUUUUGUUAAUGCAAAGGCUUACAAUGGUAACACAGCACUCCACGUGGCUGCCAGCCUGCAGUAUCGGGUGAGUCAGUUGGAUGCUGUGCGCCUGCUAAUGCGAAAGGGAGCUGAUCCAAGUGCCAGAAACUUGGAGAACGAGCAGCCAGUUCAUCUGGUUCCUGAUGGCCUUGUAGGAGAACAGAUAAGACGUAUCCUAAAAGGGAAGGCGAUUCAGCAGAGAGUGUCGCCAUUUUAAGCUCCAUGUUUCUCGGAGUUCAGCAACUCACACUCACUGUCAGUCAGGCAGUCCUAAUGUAUCUGUAAAUAGACCAUUUGCCUGGUGUGGGCAAAUGUUAGUUGUUUCUAUGAAACAAAAGUAUUUUGUUCACUAUCAUAUAGUGGGUUACAUAAGAGUUAAAAAAAAAAAACAAACACAAAA